AUGCGAAGAAGAAGAAGUCUGAAAGUCAAGGCGACAAAGGCAGCGACGCUCACCCCCCCAGCUCAAGAAUUCUAUGCGAUUCCAUCACCUCCAGGCCUUCCAGACCCUUCUCUGAUUCGCUUGCCCUGCCACCACAGCAACCGUGCGGGGGCUCUGAUUGGCCGAUCUGCGGGGGCCACCGUCACCUCAGACUCAGACCAGCAUGGAAAAGAAGAGAAUCGCCAUCCAAUGCAUUUGGGGAAGGGAUGCCUUACCGCCAUCCACUUAGCGUCCGGUGGUCACAGCUUCUUGCCUUCCAUUGAUUCUCCCUUGCCUCCUCCAAAGUCUUCUUUUACUCCAGUUUUACCGCCUCCGAACGAUGGAUCCCCGUUCUCAAUGUUCUCAAGCAGAAAUCGACACUUCCACUGUUUGCUAGAUACUUCUGUUUGCUCCAAGGUCCACCUUGAAUGGUUCGAUGUCAACGCGGGCGAAGUUAAGCCCAGCAACCAGUCGUCUGGCGUUGAAAUACCCUUGCCACAAAUCCCACCCAUCGACGAGGCUGAAAACCAAGCGCCACCCCUUCGUGAAAUCUGCCCCGAGAUUGGGUGCUGGGCUGCUGGCUUAAGUCUGCGGCGGCGCCUUACGGAUAUGCCAGCACAUGUCAUCUCCCCCGCGUCUGAACCGCCCGCAUCAUUGGCAACGGCCAGGGGGUCGUUGCACGGUCCAUCUCUUUUCACGACGUCUAUUCUCGGCUUCAACUACAAUGCCUGCCCUACAUCAGUUGGGACCCGUUUCACACCGCUGCCAAGGAGCCGCAGAAAGAGUUGCUUACAGAACUUGCUCUAUCCAAAACCUACCAGCAGACAUUAA